AUGAAACGGAACGCCGAAAAGUCAGACGAGGUCCUCGACAGCAUGAGCUUCUUCAGGAGCCACUGGGCUGUGUGGAAGUUUGUUGGAGCUACAUAUGAGAAAAUGAAUUGGAAUCGGCUCUACAUUGGCUACAGUCUGAUCCUGAAUCUAUUCAUCACCAUCUGGUUUCCCACUCACAUGAGCUUCUUGCUCUUUAGAAACGACAGCCUCUCGGACAACAUAUCGAACCUUGCUAUGGUCUCUACGUGUGCGUCGUGUUCGUGCAAGACUUUCAUUUGUAUGCUCAAGUUCAGGAAGAUCGGCCGCAUGGAGCAGCUGCUCAGGCAACUGGACUUGCGAGUGAAGACUGAGGAAGAGAAAGUCGUCUACAGAUGGCUGAAGAUUCAACUGAGAGUCAUUCUUUAUCUCAUCCUAAGCCUAUAUGUGACGCUUGGACUUCUGGCCGAAAUCGGAUUCCUCGUUCAGACGGAGCGUCUCCUCAUGUAUCCUGGCUGGUUCCCCUUCGACUGGGCCAAGUCGACGCGCAACUUCUAUGUGGCCCACGUGUAUCAGUCGAUCGGACUCGGCGUACAAAUAAUGCAGAACUAUGCGAACGAUUGCUUUCCCUCAAUGAUGCUCUGCAUCACCGCCGCCCACAUUAAGAUGCUCUACUUACGCUUCGAGAAGGUGGGCGAGGACCCGUCUCUGAAUGCUGAGCAGCAGCUGGAGGCCUGCAUAACCGAUCACAAGAGCUUGCUGGAGCUCUUUCGUACCCUCGAGUCGUUCAUGUCGCUGCAGAUGCUCAUUCAGUUCGCGGUGAGUGGAGUGAACUUGUGUACGAGCAUUGUGGGACUGCUGCUCAGCAACGAGCCUUUGACGAUCGCCUAUUUCGUGGUCUACACUGUCGGACUGCCGCUGCAAAUCUUUCCCGCCUGCUACUACGGCACGGACGUGGAGCUCUGGUUCGGCAAGCUGCCCUAUGCGGCCUUCAGCUGCCGCUGGCUGGCGCAGACGCGCAGCUUCAAGAAGAAGCUGAUGCUGUUUGUGGAGCGCUCACUGAAGCGAACCGCGCCCAUGGCCGGCGGCAUGCUCUCCAUACACGUGAGCACCUUCUUCUCCACGCUGAAGUUCGUCUACUCCCUGUUCAGCAUUCUGAUUCGCAUGCGAAAAUAA